AUGGAAAAUCCCAACACUCCUCUCUCGGCCCUCAAUCUCUCCCACGGCUCCAUCGUCUACCUCGCCUACGACGGUGAGUGCAUCGUCGCCGACCCUACCUUCCACCCAGCAGGCUCUUUUGGUCGCAAGAUGACCAUGGACGGAAAGUUGGAGUAUAAGUACAGCACAAGCUAA